GUCGUUUCUCUCCGUCUGGUUCCCAAUCGUCGAGAUCCCUUCUGCAAAUUUUAUAGCACUCAGUAAAUGGGUGGAAGGAGCUACUCUCCUUCACCACCUAGGGGUGGUCACGGGAGAAGGGGAAGGAGCCCUAGUCCAAGGGGUCGCUAUGGCGGCGGUGGCGGUGGUGGUGGUGGCGGCGGCCGUGGAAGAGAUCUUCCGACCAGUCUUCUAGUUCGCAAUCUUCGUCAUGAUUGCCGUCCUGAAGACCUUCGGAGGCCAUUUGGACAAUUUGGUCCCCUAAAGGACAUCUAUUUGCCAAGGGAUUAUUAUAGCGGGGAGCCACGAGGGUUUGGCUUUGUUCAAUUUCUAGAUCCUGCUGAUGCUGCAGAAGCAAAGUACCAGAUGGAUGGUCAGAUUCUUCUGGGCCGACAGCUGACGGUUGUUUUUGCAGAGGAGAACCGGAAGAAGCCAACUGACAUGCGACAAAGAGAACGGAGAGGUGGUAGUGGAAGGCCUAGUGACCGCAGGCGGUCACCACCGCCUCGCUACUCCCGCUCACCGCCACGUUACUCUCGGUCUCCUCCUCCACGCUACACACGAUCACGAUCUCACAGCCGUGAAUACUCUCCUCCUCCAAAGAGAAAGCAGCACGUGAGGUCUAUUUCACCUCGAGAGAAAAGGCAUAGUCGAGAAAGGUCAUACUCACAAUCCCCGGUGAAAGAGCGUUCCCCUCCUUAUGAUGGGCCUCCCAGGAGUCGCAGUCGAAGUCCUGUCAUGGAGAGGUCUCCACCCUACAAUGGGUCAAGGAGCCCAAGUCGAAGUCCUGCGAGGGAGCGGGUCCCACCAAGGGGAGAUCGUAGUCCUGUAAGGGAGAGACGGGCAGCAAGGGAUCCUAGCCGCAGCCGAAGCCGAAGCCCUAUUCCACGUGAUUACUCCAGGUCUGAAGCCGAUAGGGAUGCUUCUCCGAGCCCCUGAAUCUAUGAGAACUUUUAUGGCUUGUGAACGGUCAGUCAUUUGAUGAAAAAAAAAACUUAUGUUAGUAGACAUUGGCAACUUUUAUGAUGGAUGAUGUAGUUGAGUCGAUUGAUCGACUCUUAUGAAUGUUUUCGUAUUAUGAUCGUGGUGAUGCUACUGUCUGUAAUUGUACUGAAGUUGGUCCUUGUGGUGUUUUAGAAUCGUCCCCUUUUGAGAUCCCGUUGUUUU